AUGGCGGCGCCCAUGGCUGCCCGCGCGCUGCGCGCUGUGCCCCGUGCCCUCCCCAUGCCUCAUGGCACCUGUGCCCUCCAUACCACCCCUGCCUGCUUCAAGGUGCGGGCGGCGCGGGCACGCGUGGGCAAGGGGGACAAGGCUGUGAGCUACGAGAGGGCUCUUGGCCCACACCACAUUGCCCACCGCAAGGGUUGGCUCUCCCUGCACACCGGUCACCUGGGGGCGAGGGGGGGCGCGGCGGAGCGGGCGCUGGAGGACAGCUUCCUGCGGCGCUUCCUCUAUGGCACCUUCCCUGGCAUCCUGGCCGACGAGGUGGUGCUGAAGCGCCGUGGCAACCUGCUGGUGCUGUGCCUGGUGCUGGCACGGGCCCUGGCACCUGCCAAGCUCUACUUCCUGCUGGGCUACAGCGAGACUCUGCUCAGCCACUUCUACAAGUGCCCGGUGCGGGUGGAGGUGCAGACGGUGCCCGGCAGGGUGGUCUACAAGUACCUGUAGUGCCCCCCGGGCGCCCCCUCGCCGGGCAAU